GUCAUGGUAACUUGGAUAACCUCACUUUUUUAACCAAACUUUACCCAUUUGUUUCUCACUUUGCACGUUGUGUUACAUUAAACUGUUUUUCUGCCUGUGACGUGUGCUUCUAACGUUUUAAUUUUACCAAGGAGACAUGGCUAAAUCGGAGAGUGUUAAGCUUAGCAAGAAAAAGCCUAAGGAGCACAAUUUACUCAGUGGAGUUGCCUCUAAAAAACCUAAAAAAGCAACCCGAAAAUCGCUAGGCCCUGUUUUAUUGCAUCCGGCUAAGAAAAAGCUGCAAGAGGGCACACCGUUUCUGAAAUCACCAAAAGGCAAAAAGAAGGAAUUAACUUCUGACGGGAAAGUAACGCAGAUUGAGGAGGUCACGCAAAAUGGGUUUGAAACAUUUACAUUAAGCUUCACGGAGAAAUAUAACAUAAAAACGAAAGACAUUCACAAUGCCAUUAAAGGCAUUAUUAAAUACCGUGAGUCAAAUCCUAAACUUCAAAACCAGCUGUUUGAUGAACAGGUACCUUUGUUUUUGAUGAUCAGUGUACAUAAAAUUCCAAAAGGUCAUCCAAAACUAUUGAGGGUGCCAAUGAGACAUACAAUUCUUGGUCUUGAUGAUGAAAUUUGCUUAAUUGUACCAGAUGUGAAAGGUAUAAAAAAUGCAGAGCAUGAAAAACAUGUAGAACAUUAUGAGAAGUUGCUCGAAAGCAGAGGUGUUACAAAUAUUAAAAAAAUCAUGACUUUUCAUGAACUGAGGACUGAAUAUGAAACAUUUGAGCAGCUUUCUAGAUUAGUGGAUCUCUAUGACAUAUUCCUUGUUGAUGGAAAAAUAAGUGGGAAAGUUGUUGCAAAAUGCGGCAGACUGUUUUAUAAAAAACGUAAAGUACCUACAGCAGUAAAACUCCAUGCAACAAAUUUACAUGAUCAUAUUGAAAAGGCACUAUCGAAAACAAUAUUGAACCUGCAUUUGAAAAGUUCUAGUUAUAAUGUACAGUUUGGACAUACUAAGAUGGAGUCUAAUAAAUUAGUAGAGAAUCUAAAAGGUGUUAUUGAAUUUUUGGAUAGCAAUUUUCCUGGCAAGUUUGAAAAUAUUAAAAGUAUCCAUAUGUAUGCUACAAGAUCAACAUCUAUUCCAAUUUAUGUUUCAUUGGAUUCGCCUAGUUCACUGAAUGUUCCUAAGCUUGCAACCAAAAAACCUAAGGCCUAUAAAACUUACUCAGGAGAGUUAACAGCACAGUUAAACACGGAGGUUACCGUCCACCCUUCUGGUAAAGUUAUAGUGCACAGAAUCAAUGAUCAGGAUGAAGAAACACUAGAUGUUUCCAAACAAGUGAAGAAAACAGGCAGUGAAGCCCCACAAACAACAGAUGCUGAAACCCAAGAAACUAGAGGAUCUUUAGAUAAAUCAAAGAAAUCAAAAAAGAAAAAGGUGGUGUUGGAAGAAGAGGUAGCAAAAGACUUGAACAGUAGUGGUCAGCGAAGUAAUUUACACAAAAAGAAUAAAAAGCACAGAGACAAAAAAAUGAAUGAUGAAAUCCCAGAUGUGACAGAGUUAACAAUUGAAUCCAAAAAAUCUAAAAAAGAAAAGUUGAAAGAAGAGGUAGCAAGCGAAGUCAUGGACAAUUAUAGAAAAGAUAUAACUGAAAAAGAGAAAUCCAAAAAGAAGAAAAUCAAAACUUCUUGUGAAACUGUAAAUAGUAUUCCUGUCACACAACAAGGCGCGACAGGGAUCAAACAACCAAAGAAAAGAAAGAAGACUAUAUCCACUAAUACUUUUGAGAGUGAAGGUUUGAAACUAGAUAAUGAACCAACUGGUGCACCAGUGGAGAAGCGUAAAAAACGAGUGAAAACUGUACAGGUAGGGGAAUGGACAAUUAUCGACGAUGAUGAGGAAAAUCAACCUAUGAAGAGUAAAAAAAGCAAGAAAAAUCCGCGUGCUGCCUUCAAAAUUGAUGUAAACGACGGUCAAAGGAAGACGAGUCUAAGGAGUUCGAAAAAGCACAGUUAAAGAGCAAAACGAUUUUUUAAGUCUGUAUGAUGGGACAAGUGAUGAGUGAUGUUUGUUGAACAUUGAUUUUUUACUUCUUGUCAAUAUAGUGUUGAUGUUGAGAAUGCAGAUGUUUAUCACACCUUAAAAACCUCAAUAUCGUUACACUUUAUCAAACGCAAAAUUUAACUUGAUUGUUGAAGAAGAGCAUGAUGAGGAAUCUUAUUGUUUAAAUUUUGUUUUUCUACUCAAAAUUUAUUAUGAGACUCGAUUUGCGGCACAGAAGAAAAUAUAGGUGUAGGUAUUAGAACCACAACAAAUGUUGAAAAGGUUGGAAGUGCCACUACAGAACCUACAUAAUAAAUAACGUUCAAAAAUUUGCGUCAUGUUAAACAUUCUUAGUCCAUACAGUUUGUUUUAACUACGUCUAGAAACCUGCGAAACCUACGAAAUCUGAACUUUUGUCAAAUUUUACCUAUCCAUUUUUUUUCAACUUCCUGCAAUAUAAGAUACAAAAAUACGGUUAAUGGUAUCUUCUAAAUUUUGUCGACACUUUUGACUUUAUAAAAUGCUAUUUUGAAAAUCUUAUCAAAAUCGAUGCCGUAUAUCAAAAUUAGCGCGGUUAGAAGCGACGGACAUUUGAGAUGCGAAAAGAUUCGUAAUAAUAAACGCGAAAACAGCGGCUUCACAGGCAAAAUAUUCCCGUGAGACUUUGUCAUGAUCAUCUCCGCCCACGUGGAACGUAAUAAUACGAGCCUUAGCACAAAAUAGUUCGGAUAUUAUCUAAUUUUAUCUUAAAGUUUGUUUAUUUUUCAUGGUUACAACAUAAUUUUUUUCUUUUAUAAGACAUUGAAAUAUGUUGUUUGGACAUCA